AUUUCAUCAUUUUGAUUGAGAAUUUUACUCGAUAAUCAAAAUAAUGACUCAGUGUACAUCUGAUUCUGAAGAAGAACUUUUGCUUUACUUUGAACUUGGUGACGAUGUUGAUAUUGAACAAUUCAAAAAUAUAAAUGUGUUAGGUGUAAAUUCAAAAAAUCCAAUUGUACAAAUGGAUGAUACCGUUUUUAUUGGAAAAUAUGAAAAUCCACUAGGGACAUACAUGUUUUUCAAGGAUGUACCCCCACCAAUCAGUGAAGAUCCAGUUUUUGAUCAAGUACCUGCCAAAAAUUUAGAAUAUCUAAGUAAAACAAGAAAGUUAAUAAAAAUGGAACAUACUUAUAUUACACCAAAUAAUAUGGAAGGUAACUCUGGCAAUGAAACACAGUCAUUGAACACUAUAGAACCUGUAACUUUUGAAAGUUAUGAGAAAGCCAUAGAAAACUUUAAAACUUAUUGGGAAUCCAUUAGUUCUGGAGAAAACUUAAAGAUGGAAUUAAAUAAAUGAAUACAUGUGAUG